GCUUCAUAUUAAUGAGCAGCAAUCGUGGCUUUAAGUCCUUGAUUAGAAGAGUGCAAGAGCUUUUGGUCCCAACUGGCUGUGCCUAUAGGCUUGUCACCGGGAGAACGCUUUCUGUUAAUUGCACCGCUCGAGUGACGGGACAGUGAGAGGAGGAGAGAGAGAGAGACAGACACAGAGAGAGUGAGAGAGAGAGAGAGACGCAGAGAGAAUAAGAGGCAGAGAGAAUAAAAACAGAACUUUGAUUUAUAUAGAAGGGCUUGCUCAAAUGAUGGUCGCAGAACGCAAAUGGAGUCGGUAGAACUUUCGCUCCCCGAGUGUUUCUCGUUACACUCUGAACAAGAGUAGAAUGAAUGUAUCAAAGGCCCAAGUUAAUAGCGAAGAUAAGUACGCCAAAUGCGGCGCGUGGAGAAUGCAACAGCAUUACGACGUCGAGGCGAGUCACAUGCGCGAUGCGCAUGCUCUAUAUAACCAAAGGCUGCUUUGCAGAAUGUCCAGCAAAGAACGCCACAUUGAGUCCAACUGCCCCUCCUACAUUAAGACGGAACCCUCCAGCCCUGCCUCACUGACGGACAGCGUAAACCACCACAGCCCCGGCGGCUCUUCGGACGCCAGCGGCAGCUACAGCUCCGCCAUGAACGGCCACCAGAACGGCCUGGACUCGCCGACCCUGUACGGACCGGCCGGAGCGCUGGGCCCCAAUGGCGCCAGUGCCAAGCGCUACGAGGACUGCUCCAGCACUAUUGGCGAGGACUCGCAGAUCAAGUGCGAGUACAUGCUGAACUCCAUGCCCAAGCGCCUGUGCCUGGUUUGCGGCGACAUCGCCUCGGGCUACCACUACGGUGUGGCCUCCUGUGAGGCCUGCAAGGCCUUCUUCAAGAGGACCAUUCAAGGCCUGGCCACAGGGAACAUCGAGUACAGUUGUCCCGCCACCAACGAAUGUGAGAUCACCAAGCGCCGACGGAAGUCCUGCCAAGCCUGCCGCUUCAUGAAGUGUCUCACCGUUGGCAUGAUGCGAGAAGGAGUGCGGCUGGACCGGGUGCGCGGCGGCAGACAGAAAUACAAACGCCGGAUAGACGCCGAGAACAGUCCUUACCUGAACCCACAGUUGGCCCUGCCUCCCAAAAAGCCAUUCCCCUUUGGCUGCCUUGCAGAUAACAAGAUUGUAUCACACUUGUUGGUAGCUGAGCCCGAGAAGAUCUACGCCAUGCCGGACCCCACCGUGCCGGACAGUGACAUCAAGGCUCUGACCACACUCUGCGACCUGGCUGACCGCGAGCUGGUGGUCAACAUCGGCUGGGCUAAGCACAUCCCAGGCUUCUCAACGCUGUCGCUGGCCGACCAGAUGAGUCUCCUACAGAGCGCCUGGAUGGAGAUCUUGAUCCUGCGCGUGGUCUACAGGUCGCUGUCGUUUGAGGACAAGCUGGUCUACGCCGAGGACUACAUCAUGGACGAGGACCAGUCCAAGCUGGCCGGUCUGCUGGAUCUGAACAAUGCCAUCCUGCAGCUGGUGAAGAAGUACAAGGGCAUGAAGCUGGAGAAAGAGGAGUUUGUCACUCUGAAAGCUAUAGCGCUCGCAAAUUCAGACUCCAUGCACAUCGAGGACGUGGACGCUGUGCAGAAGCUCCAGGACGUUCUACACGAGGCCCUGCAGGACUACGAGAGCGGGCAGCACGCGGAGGACCCACGCCGGGCCGGCAAGCUGCUGAUGACCCUGCCCCUGCUCCGGCAGACCUCCACCAAGGCAGUGCAGCACUUCUACAGUAUCAAACAGGACGGCAAGGUGCCCAUGCACAAACUCUUCCUGGAGCUGCUGGAGGCCAAGGUCUAGCCACGCCCCUUGCUUAGGCCCCACCCCUCAUUCGGAAAGUGGGCGGGUCGUCGACCACACCCAUUUCACUGGGCAGGCAAUGACUGAUUCUCCGCUACUACUGACGGCGAACCUUUUGUCAAUAAACAGUAUCAAAUAACGCUAAGAAACAUAACCUUAACGGUACUCGUACCUACUGACGAUGAGACAUCAUCCAGAAAAGAACGAAAGUGUUGUUAUUGAGGAAAAACCUUAAAUAAGGGGAAACAAAGACUGCUUUAGACACUGUUUAGCGGCGGGACUUUGAGAACCAGCUUUUGACUUGUUCUUCUUCAAAAUCUGAUGCAGUUUUUAAAAGCUAUCGAAAACAUUUUGUUGAUUUUCACAAAACCUGGAGCCGAGGAAGAUCAGCCCUGCCAAAGGAAGGAGUUCCACUGAGUGGGAAGCCAGCAAACUGUACUGUCCUGAACCCAUGUCCAGCUAUCUAUCAUCUUAUUCAAGAAGUCUAGGAUCAAACCCUCUUUAUCGAACAGCCACAACUCAACUCAACUCAACUCAACUCAAAGCGAGGACCUGCAGCAGUAGAAGUAUUACCACCAGACCUCGCCGGAGCAGUCUGACAACACGUUAGCCAAACAGAGAUUUGAUUUAUUUGUUUUUUGUUUGUUUGUUUUUGGCUCUUUUCUUCACUACUAUUUCAAGAAGAAGCUGCUCCUCACUUUAAUUUCACUAAUUUCACCACAAGCUGUCAUUGGGGUUCGAUUCCCUUCCUUUCCUGUUUUCUUUCGAGUCUUCCGAACACUUAUAGUCACUUUUAAUGAUUUAAUGAUCUUUUCAGGGAAGAUCCUGAGCUUUAGUCUCUCAUGCAAUACGAAACACAGAGGUUCUGCGGUGGACGAGGAAUAGACUUAUUCUAAACUUAUUUAUUGAUAUUGUUUUACUGUGUUUUAUUUCACUGUAUUUUUACUGCAAUGAAGGGUGUAAAUAGGCUUUGUGGUGGACAUCAUUGACAGGUUAUGUUCAUAAUAUGUUACUGAUUGACUGAAUACUCGUUUGUUUUUCUAACCAACUUUAACACUUUAACACUUUCAGCAGCUGGUACGAGUCAUAAAAGAAGUCUCUUUUCUGCUCUCUUCUCCAAGCAAUAGACCUUUUAAAAGCAAAAGCAGAGGUGUGUAAAUGUAUGCAAUUUCUUUUAGUGCCCGUCUUUGUUUGGGAAACUGAAUUUCCUGCAGCUUUAGCUUUCGUUUCUGCGCUUGAUAUAAGAUGAUAGUUGACAGAAAUGAUGGCCAGAAGGACCAUAAACAUUAGCAUUAAACAAACAAAUGAUAUAUGCAUUUAUAUUAACCCCAGUCUCUUUACUUUUAUUGACAUCAUUUCAUAUCCAAGCAGUUAUACGAACUUUGCCAAGCAAAUUGGCACUUAGACAGGCACGACAUCGCCACUACGUGAUGGAGAAGCGCUGUAGCUCUAGUUCCGCGGCGGUCCUACUUUCUUUCUUACGCCGAUUAGGAGAAGCCGUAAGAAGUGAUGUCACGGCACGUAACCUUCAGAAAUGAGGAGGCGCUUCUACUUUAGCGAAGAGAGAGAGACUACGUAACUACGCAAGCUUUCCACAGCACUCAUCUGAAAUAUGUCAGUAUUAGUAUGGGGUAUUUUCUGAAUAUUCUUAAACAUUGUAUAUUGUAAAUGAACAGAUUAUAAAACUAACCUAACUAAGACAUUUUAUUGGAACAAAAAUGACUAAAAAAGUAAAAAAAUAAUGUAGUUCAGCUUCUUGAUGUUUCAUGUCUGCUGUGCUUGUUUCUGAACCAUUUUUUUCUCUAUUAUUUUUCCCUUUCCCUCCCUCCGUUCCAUGCAAUGCUGUUGUGUACUUCUUGUGGUGAUUCCAGUUUUUGUGCCGUACACAUCUUUCUCUUAAUUUCUUUAUUUUAUAAGUUUUUCUUUUGUUUUUAGAGACAGGGUAGAACAUAGGAUAGAAGAGACACUACUGGAUGUACGAAUCCUCAGGAGACAAGGAUGAUGGGUUCUCAAACAACUGAACGAUUACUGAAUUACACUUAAACACUUAACAAAAAAAAAGACUCUGUAGCUACCGCUAGAUCAACAGAUCCGCAAUCUAUACUGUAAUCUAUACUGAUGUAUAAGUGAUUAACAGUUAUUUAAAGGAAGGAACAACAUAUAUAUUAUAUUUAAAAAGGGAUCAUGAUCAAUUAUUUUGUCUAACUACUUUUGUGUAGACUAACACUGUAUAGGUUUUAACAAAUGCUUUUAAAUAUCUCAGAACAGUAGUGCAUUUGGAUUUGUUUAUUUGUUUUUAUUUUAUUUUUCUUCUUUUUUUCAUAAGAUGCUGUACAUAAGGCCUUCCAUGCUGAAAAAAACUCCAUUGUAAUAUUAUCUUUACUCUUUGAGGCUGCAAAGGGAAAAAAAAACUUUUUAUGUUUUGGUGUAGGAUCAGUUUCCAAAAUUAUCGCUUUAACUUUGUGUGCUGAAUAAAAACAAAGAAAAAAAGGGUGUUUUUGGAAUAAAACAGGGGAAAGGGGGUUUUAUUCAUUAAAUUUUUCCUCCCUUCUGUCUUGUUCUAUAAAUACUGUGUAAUAUCUAUCAUUAGCUAUACAGAACUAUAUUUAGACUGUGCUUUGGAGAGGUUAGUAUAAUGUAACUCAGAACAUUAUUCAUGGCAACUCAUCAGAUGGUCAAACACAGGAGGGUUCUUGCUGUUGAUAGGACGUCGGCACUUUCUUUUUCUUUGUUCUUUUGUUGUUUUAUUGUUUGUUUUUUACAUGACAUGACUCGUGGCAGAAAGGUGCUGCUUUUUUGUUUGUGAUUCUCUUGGUUUCUCCUGUUGUCUAUUACGUUGUCUUUACCGUGAGAGCGGUACUGAACGUCAGCGGACGCGAGAACGCGUAACUCGGUAACGUCACGCAGGCGUUACAGCAGCCAAGCAGUCCUGGGCCUGUAUAUGCACUGAGUGCACUCUGGCGCAUUAUUUAUAAUAACUCCUGAUCUCCAUUCAGUUUUAAGGUGCAUUAAAUUGAAUUAAAUAUUGAAAUAUUGAAGUGUUCUUUUUUUUCUGUUUUUCUUUUUUUUUUUUUUCAGAUCGUACCGAAGCGACAAUAUAUACAAGGUUCUCUCUCUUACAAAAUAAGCAAAAAUCUUUAGUGACUGGUACCACAUCACAUGUACUGGGACAGUAUAUUUACUCCACGAGCAGCUUUAGAUCAUCCUGAGAAGGCUUUGCUCUGUCUUUUAAACGUGCUACUCGUGCCCUGAGCGCAGAGAUGGGAUUGUGUAAUUUAGCGAUUUAGCCAUACCGACGAUGACUUUUUCCAACAUAUUUUCUUAUUUAAAGCAAUACGACUGUGCGGCGUGCAGGUGUCGCACUUUGUGAUUGAAUUAGAUCAAAAUGCUGUAUUUAUUGGACUAUUUUGCAAUUUAAGGGAUAUUAGGAACGAUAAUAUGAAGAUGUACAAACAACUGCUAUUUUUUAUUAUAUAAUGACAUAAUGGGCGUUGGUUAUAUUUAUUCUCGUGUCGGUGUUUGCCAAACGCGUGAAGGGGUUUCACGGCAGUAGAGAACGCGCAAAAUAUAGAAAACACUGAUGGGAAGGAAAAAGAGGAAAAUAUACUGAAGAAAAAAAAACGUAAAAAAAAAAAAAAAAACUUAUAAGAUCAAUAAGAUUAAUGAUAUAAAUUUCAAUCCAGGAUUUGCUGAAACAGCCUGUAGUGAGAACCAUGUCUGUAGUUAUAGAUGUGCUCCACAUCAGUAAAACAAUUAACUGUAUAUUUUUGUGAUGUGUAUCAUACAGUGUGCUCCAAUGAUUCUGUCCAUUUGUGUAAAUGUAUUUAUUUUACAUUGUAUAUAUUGUUCAAUGCAAAAAGAGAGACCUAUGAUUCUGUAACUACGAUCAGUUCAGAUGUGUAACUCCAAUUAUGCCUUUCAGGAUAAUGGUAGAGCAAUAUUAAAACAUGCUUCCAGUUUUGA